CAGGCAUAGUUAACAGAGGCGAUUCCUUCCGUCGAAGAAGCUCACGCAGCAAUAGCCUGUGCCCGCCUUCCAUGGGCGGAGGAGGAGGGGGAGGCACACCUUCUCCAGUUCUAGACGAACCAGGUCAGGUCGCCGAAGUGGCCAAUUACACAGUGGCCUUGUUAGGGGCACAAGGAGUUGGCAAAACAGCACUCAUCAGCCAGUUUAUGACUUCGGAGUGUAUCAAUGCUUAUGACGGACAGAAAGACAUUCUGGGUGCACAAACAGUUUCAAUAAUGCUCAACGGUGAAGAGUCGGAGUUGACUUUUCAGAACACAGCCAGCGUUAAGAACAUUUUGAAAAGUCAUUUGCGUAUGAAAGGCAGACAUUCUAUUGGAUGGCUCUUCCAUAUUCCAAAGCAGGAAGUUGACAAAUCCCAUCCUCCAGAUGCAUUCGUGGUACUCUAUUCUGUGGUGGACAAGGCUAGUUUCUUGAAAGCAGAAGCAGAACUGAACAGGCUUCAAGAUGCCGAUUUGCUGAGGUCACGACCUGCUAUACUUGUUGGAAACAAAAUUGAUUUGGCAAGAAGCAGAGCCGUGUCUACACAAGAUGGGAAAUGCCUAGCCUGCACAUACAGAGCGAAGUUUAUAGAAAUAUCAGUGGGCAUCAACCAUAAUGUAGACGAACUACUGGUAGGCAUUUUGACCCAAAUCAGGCUGAAGGUACUCAACUACGAAGAUGGAGGCCAUAAUCCGCAAUGGUACAAAAGUAGGGGCAUGGUGAAGGCGAGCAUGAAAGCCAGACAAAUGUUCACGUGGCUUUUCGGCAAGGAAGACUCAAAAUUCAAGAAUUGCGAGAACCUGCACAUCCUAUAGCACCCAAAGGAACCGUCGAAUUGUUCGGUUGUGUGAAAAUUUCUGUUGCCAAAUUGAUGAGGAGGCACUACCUACUUCAACUCUACCAUGUUGGUUUCUCUUUAGAAAUGAAUUUAACUAGACCUUCAGAUUCCUUGUUGUGAAGUAGAUAGAGAGGCCCCUCAGAUUGAGAAAGAUGCUUUUUUGGAGCGUCUUUCUCUCAAUGUCGUAUAUGUACUGUUUGCAUUCUGUGAUAAGAUCGCGAGGUCCAGUAUAGUGGUUCCAGUAGCACGUUAUUAAUAUUUUACGAAUCUUCUAAUUAAAAAAUGAUUUAUGUUGAUGUAUGUAGUUCUUCUGUACUUCUUAGCGCAACAGUAUUUCUAACAAACAACAUUCUAAAGUUCCAAGUAUUCUCUGAGCGCACAUAUUUUGGCCAAAAUUUUAUUGCAAAGUUUGUAUUUUAGAUUAUUCGUUCUAGACAGUAUUAACGUGCUUUUGUGGUAAUCGAUGUUGUGACAAACGAACAUUAUACUGCUUCUUUUGAUCUUAAAAAAUGCAAGGCAGUAAUGAUAAAUUUGUAUUCCACCAGAUGUUAAAAAACACCUAAUGUUUGAUUGUUAUCGUUAUUAAUAUUUCCCCGGUUUAUCAAAUAUCCGAAUUACAAUACAUGACCAAAUUUUUUUACACCCCAAUCAUAAUCAAAAGUUUCGUGUUUCACUAUACUGUAGUUACAUUUCUUCCAUAGGAUAUUGAUGCUGGAAUUGGAAGUAUUUGAUUAUCUUCAAAAACCUAAAAUCUCAGGAUGAAACGUGAAAGAAAAAGAAAAUCAAGCCUGUAAGAGCUCUGACAUUAUCUGUGAUCCAUGAGUUCUAUGUGAUUUUUUGUAGAGCAACGACCAAAAAUUAAUAUCAAAAUCCAUAUAGUCUUUCGAAAGCUCUAGUUUAAGUUGAAGUUAAUAGUUUCUUUAGCUUUUGGGUUUUUGAGAUAAUGAAAAUAUUUGUGCCUGAUAAUAUAACGCAUGGUAUUUUGUGAGAUUUGAAAAUAUUAGUUUUUAUCGACUGAUUUACUAAAAAAACAAAGAAAUAUUUUUUCUAUGCCUUAGGAAUGGUAAGUGAUAGUGAAUUGUGAAUAAUAUACUUAUAGUAUGACAGACAAUGUAAUAUUUUUGUCUGUGUAAUAAAUGUAUAUCAAAUUAUUCAUCGUAGUCUUAAACUGUUACUUAGUAAGGAACUUUCUGAGUUCUUUCAUGAGGCCUAACCUAGUUUUCUUCUGAUGUACGAACAGUAUCAGUUUCGAGUAUUGUAGAACAUAACAUGUUACUAAAACAGUUUGUGUUGGUCAAGAAUGGGCAUUGAAUAGCAUAUACUCCGGCUUGAAAGGGUCGUUUGAAAUGUUACGUUGGGCAUUAUACGGAACAUUUUUUCGAUUUUUUACAUAUGUUAAAUUUUUAUUUUGUAUCCUGGUCUGAUUCUUUGUCUUGGUUGCCAGUUUCAGUUUCUUAUUGCCAAUUCUAUAGCCUUGCACGAACACUGAAAAAUUCUUGAAAAUAUCUAUACUGGGGAUUCAGAAAAAUUGGCAAUAUUUCUAGCGUACCUAUAAAGUAGUUCAAAAAAUAAUUUGGACAGUUCAUAUGAGCAUGAGCACUAUAAUGGUCUCUUACACAGGUAUAGGGUGCUGAAAUUAUAAUUUUGAAAUCGAAAAAAAUAUAUCUUCUCAGUGGAUUAAAAUAUUGACAAAAAAUUCUGUACAUGUAGUAUUGACAUAAUAGCCAAUACAUACAGAAAAUAUUGCUUCUGAGUCUACAUCAGUGAUGUAGAAACUGGAAAAUUUAGACCCCUACUCGAGAAAGAAGGAAAUAAUUUUCUGACUUUUUUAGAACAUCUCUAUAGCAUUUUUGAAUAAGGUAUUUAAUUUCUGUCAGACUGGAGAAAAAAUGGUUUGAAUCCUUGAAAUAAAAUCGUCAAUUUGAAAAUACGCUGAGGUUGAUAAAAAAUUGUAUCUAAUGUUUUAGGAGAGUAAUCACCAUAGCGUUGAUACUCAUGUUCUGUCCUGAUUCAGUCUCAUCAGUGGUUUAGAAAUUAUCAGCACCCUGUAUCUUGGUAAUGGAACAUUUUUGGAACAUAGGCUCACGGGAACUUUCUACCCUAAAAAUAUUGCCACAAUUUCCUGUAUCACGCACAUAUUUUGUCCCUCGCCGAGCAAGCACGAUGACUAGAGAUAGGAGGUUAAACUCACAGAGUGGGGGUGAAGUCAGAAAUGGCAACCAUAAAGUACGUUAGUACACUACGCAGGGAUAAAUUUCAGGUGUUGCGUAUAAAGCAUCUCUCUCGUGUGUGCCCUGCGCAGAAUCUAAAAUUGAAGUUUUGUGCAUGUGGCAUCUCUCUCUCUCUCUCUCUCUCUCUCUCUCUCUCUCGCCCUCUCUCUCUGUGUGUGUGUUGCUGUCAUCAUGACUGUAAACAAGUCCAAUUUUGACAGUUCGGACGAGUUGCAAGCAGAAAUAUUGGGCAAUGUUAAUAAACCAAGUAGUAGUGAACCUACAAAUCAUGUUCUAUGCCCACUAGAUUUCCGAGAGCCACACCAUACUGGGCGACAGGAUUGGCUUCAUAUGAAUACGUGUAUCUCUUACGUAGUUUAAAUUCCUAUAUCUAGUCUUCCUACGAUCAAGUUACAGCAAGAAAGAAAAUAACAAAGUUAUUAGUGGAGUUUUUGUCCAGAGUGUAUCGCUACAAAAUUAUUGACCAAGUUAUGUCAAAAUCCAUUCUAUAUGACUAACACAGAAUUAAUUAUAUGUAUAUUAUACAUUUCUAUAUGUAUACACAUAUACUGGGUAUCAGUAGAAGUAGAAAUAUAUUCGACCAACAUGUUUUCUACCUAUAUAACAUACUAUACAAUCUUUCUGAUAUACAUGUUUAUCAAUAUUUAUAUCCAUUUCUUAUUUAUGCCAUUUUAACGGAC